AUGACAAAGGGAACAUCAUCGUCUGGAAAGCAUCGCAAUAAGAUGCACACGAUGUGCCACCGCUGUGGCUCUAAAGCCUACCACCUUCAGAAGUCAACCUGUGGCAAAUGUGGCUACAUUGCCAAGUGCAAGAGAAAGUGUAACUGAAGUAUCAAGGCUAAAAGUUGAAACACCACCAGGAUUGAUCAUAUGGGGCGCCUAAAAAUUGCAUACUGCAGAUUCAGGCAUGGAUUCUGUGAAAGAACAACACAUAAACCCAAGAAGGCAGCUAUUGCAACAUCCAGCUUAUCUUAA